ACAUCUCCAGUCUAAACGUAACAAUCGAGCAGUAAAAACGCCCAGUAACGGGUGUUUUUUAUUAUUAUUAUUUAAAAGUAUCUUGUUCGUUAAUCGAAUCAUCGGAGCGCGCCUUACCUGUACAGCUGCACCGUGGAAAUGAAGGCUACGUUAUAUAUCAAUAGCCAACUCAUCAUGACACACUAAAAUAAUUAUUGUACAUAAACAAAUUACAUAGACAAUAUAUUUGGAUUACAGAUGCAUGUGCUUUUUCGUUCCUAUUGUUUCCAGCAUGAAAAAAAGAUCACAGGUUCAAUUUAAAUUGUCUGGUUGACAACCAUGAUUGUCGUUUUCCGCCGGUCCCGAAGGCAAACAGUUAAUGUAAAUAUGUUGGUGCUAAGUGGGUGUGCCUUGCCAUUAGUUUAGCUGUCACUUGAUCAGCGCUGAGUGUCUUCAGUGAGGACUAGCGAAGAGACCAGGACUGCCAUGUGGUCACUCACCUCCCGCUCCCCACACACUGCACGAGAGUCGAGCAGGAUGGCGGUCCACUCAUUUCACUGAGAUAAACAGAGAGAGAGCGAGAGAGUGAGUGAGAGAGAUCAGCGGGCUGAUAGACUUCAAUAUCUCACCAAAUCUAAACACCGAAGUCCUACACCAAUUUCGCCUCGAACUCUGGACGAUUUCUGAUAGUUACUGAUAAAAGAUUUUGAGAGCCGUUCUGUAUAAUUAGAGUUUGCUGUUUCCAGGGAACAGUGAUUUCCUCCCUCGAAAUAAGCAUCUUCAUCGGCAGAGUUAAGUAAUCUUCUUCACUGCUGAGCCGACCUGAAGACGUCAAGGAGAGGUUUCGGGAUCAUACUGACUUCCAGGAAUGGAGUCGAUCCCCAGUCAGCUUCCAACGGGACGAGAUUCCAACUCUUCCCCCAACUCCAAACAAGAACUUCAGCCAUACUCCAGUACCAGCUCUCUUAAACCCAACCAAGUCAGUGAAACUGCGUUAUAUGGAGUUCCCAUCGUUUCUUUGGUAAUAGACGGCCAAGAAAGACUCUGCCUGGCACAAAUUUCAAAUACUUUAUUAAAGAACUACAGUUACAACGAAAUCCACAACCGACGCGUUGCCCUUGGGAUCACUUGUGUGCAGUGCACACCGGUUCAGCUCGAGAUUUUGCGGCGCGCGGGGGCAAUGCCCAUAUCCUCGAGGCGCUGCGGGAUGAUCACCAAGCGCGAGGCCGAAAGGCUCUGCAAAUCAUUUCUUGGCGCUCACAGUCCCCCCAAACUACCCGAAAACUUCGCAUUUGAUGUGUCCCACGAAUGCGCUUGGGGAAGCCGAGGUAGCUUCAUACCAGCUAGGUAUAACAGCUCUAGAGCGAAGUGCAUUAAGUGCACGUAUUGCAAUAUGUACUUUUCUCCCAACAAAUUCAUCUUUCAUUCACAUCGUACUCCCGAGUCAAAAUACACGCAGCCAGAUGCAGCCAAUUUCAAUUCUUGGCGGCGCCACCUCAAAUUAACAGACAAAAGCAUAUCGGACGAUGUGGCCCACGCGUGGGAGGACGUGAAAGCCAUGUUCAAUGGCGGGAGCCGUAAAAGGACGCUGCCUAUUGGGGCGUCUGAGCGCACUUCUCCUCUAAAACCACCGAGCUCCGGCAGCCUUCCUCAGAGCAGCUCACCCGAGAUUCCUCACAAAACUAUGCGCUGCGAGGAAGACCGAGAUAACCUUAGUCUGGCCAACAGCGUGCGCAGCUACCCAGUCAUUCCUGUGCCCAGUAAGAGUUUCGGGAUGUUGCAAAAAAUACCACCGCCACUCUUUCCACACCCGUAUGGAUUUCCAGCUUUUGGACUGUGUCAAAAGAAAGACGAUGGCGUUGGAAUUGGAGAACAAAAUAAAACCAAUCUGUCUGGUGUGUUUUGGCCCGGAGCAAAGGACAGUGUAUACCCUUCUUUCCCAAUGUUUUGGCCCGCAACCGGCAGCCUCCCCAUCCCGCCUUACCCACAAUCGCAACCUAAACCGCCCACAGAGCUUCUGAGCAUCAGGCAGAAUGAGCAGGACACUUCAGAGCAGAGCGACCGAAGCACCAACACUCCGAAGGACAGUCUGUUAGACAGCGAACGGUGCUCCAGCACUCAGUCUACCAGAAACGAGGAGGACAAAUCCGGAGACGAGACUAGAUCAAUGGAGGGAGUGCCGAUUGCCCCAAGAAAAAUAAGUUACAUCUCUGCUUUCAGACCAGUCGUCAAAGACGCUGAAAGCAUAGCUAAGCUUUAUGGAAACCGAGAGGCGUACAAUGGGGCCCGCUCCGGGUACCUGUCACCAGAUUUCAUGAGCGAGAGUUCCAGUUAUAGAUCCGUGUCCCCCGACGCGGACAGCGCGGAAGAACCGGAUGUGGAUGUGGAAUCGAACAGGAUGCCUGAAGAUGAAGAAUCUCUUCAGCUUUCGGUGGAGGACCACCAGAGCCCACCAGCACUGGUCAUCUCUCAAGUCACUCCAGAAAAGAACCAGGAACCCGAGCCCGAACCGAUUCCCGCCCCGGAGGACUCGCGUGGAGGAAACUUCAGCGAGGCAGGAUCCCCGGGCGAGGAGAGGCGGAGUGAACCCGUAACAGAUGGCAAUAACCACGCAUCUUUGUAUGAAGUGUACGCACGUGAAAGGGAUGAUCACAUGCCCUUGAAUGUUCCUGCUAAUUUUGGACCAACCAAAAAUUAUCAGUGCGGGCUACUGGACUCAAACGAUUCACAUAAAGAGGACAUUUCUUCGACAACGAAAGAGAUGGACUUAAAGAAAACUUACCAGGAUCAAGGCUCUGUCUCUAAGGAAAGUCCGAGAGAGCCACACGCUGCCGAAGAGGCGGUACGCAGUGAUGUUAACAGGGUACCAUUCAUGGAGAAAGACUUCGAGAACAUGGCAAAAGAUGAAUUGCAGAGACAACUCGUGGAACAAGUGGAACUCAGAAAAAAGCUGGAACGUGAAUUUCGAAGUUUGAAGGACAAUUUUCAAGAUCAAAUGAAAAGGGAACUUUCCUAUAGAGAAGAGAUGGUUCAGCAGUUACAGAUAGUCCGAGACACCUUAUGCAGCGAGUUGGACCAAGAAAGAAAAGCUCGCUAUGCAAUUCAACAGAAACUAAAAGAAGCUCACGACGCGCUACACCAUUUCUCGUGUAAGAUGCUAACCCCGCGCCACUGCACCGGGACCUGCUCCUUUAAACCGCCGCUCCUGCCUCCGUAAAAUCGGCAUCUCGUCAGUCUCACCGAUCACAGGUCAUUCAGGCCAACAAGGCAGCGAGUCUAUCCAACCGCCACCUGGCACACUUCUAGGAAAUACUUUGAGACUAUUUAAGCACCGGAAUCUCCAAUAAAGUACAAACUACCACUGAAGGACUGUUACUGUUCAAGCUGUACAUAUAUAACUGGUGUUAAUAUGACGCUGGAGCUGAUUAAUUGGUGAGCAAAGAGUGAAUAGCGUAUCCUCACUACUAAUUUAAAAAGAAGAGCCGGUAGGUAGUAAUCCGUUCAACAAAUCCAGAUUUAAUUUUCCGGCUCACUGUAUGUACUGUAGAUUGUUAAUAUAAAGUUUUAAAGACCUCUGGUGGAGGAUUUUGUGUAAUCCUCUGAACGUCCAACCAUCGCCUCUUUAGAUAUCAUUGGCAUAUAUUAUGUGGCUAUGUGCAAUUAACAUAUAUGUAUACUGUGAUUCUUUUCUUAGUAAAAUAGAACUUUUCAUUUUGAUUAUUUAGUUUUAAUUAAUCUAUGUAUGGAUUUUUACAUUUUUUUUGUUGUUGUCAAUAUAUGUUGUUUCCUCUCAUAUAAACUGUUUGUAUAUUAUUGAUGUAAAGCACUUU